UUGUUGGAUUGUAAAUAACGACUACAGUUUUGACAACUGUUUCCCGCCGGCAUGAAAGUUGGACGGACAAAUGUAGGCUAAAGUAAUCGAGCGAUAAAAUUACAGUACUGUCAACAAUACGACAAAUAUGUAAAAUAAGACAGUAGUUUUCAGAUCAUGGUGGAAAACACUCCCUCUCCUUUACCCGAGAGAGCCAUUUACGGCUUUGUUCUGUUUCUCGGCUCUCAGUUUGGCUUCUUUUUGUAUUGCGUGUGGGCGUACAUACCAGAGGAGUGGCUUCAUUCCGUCGGACUCACUUACUGGCCGCAAAAAUAUUGGGCCCUCGCCGCGCCAAUCUACCUGCUGGUCGCGCUAACCACCUGUGUGGUGUUGCUAUUCGGAAUCAACAUGUACAAUACAGCACCACUCGACUCUCUGGACAACGUCACGGAUGGGUUUGCACGAGGCCAGAGGAGCGAAGUCGCUCAAAAGGGUCAAAUACCGAGACUGAAGGACGUUCCCAUCAGCGACGUCAACAAAAUGUUCUACUUGUCGCCUCAGUUGUAAACAACCAUCUUUUGUUUUGGGGUAUGAUUGAUAAAAUGGGUGAACGUGUGAAGGUUAUUAUUAAAUGACUAUAAUCGUGCAAUGGAUACAAAAUGUUUCAAAAUCUUUCGUUUCCUUGUUCAUACCUUGUUUUUACUUUUUGUUUAAUGCAUUUGAAUGCAAACUGUCUUACUUUGAAAAUAUGACUGAUCAGGUUUGUUUGUUUUUUACAUGUUUCAUCAUUAUUAUUUUUUAAAAGGGUUUGUUUUUCAGGUCGCAUGUGGGCAGGAGGCAAGGCACACAUAGACAAGCAAGCACUACUACACACUCACACCAAUGGGACAAGUUAGUCUUCCAUGAACGUGACGUGCAUUUUUGGGGGGAAUGUGAGGGCAGAAAACUACACGAGUGCAGUGGAAGUUGGGAAAUUAGAUAUUCAAAUUAUGAAACAUAAGUGUUCCAAUAAUGUGUCUCAAAUAAAUAAAGAUUUUGAAGAA